GGUGUCCUGCUGAGAUCUCAUGGGAAUUCAUCCUCAUUCUGUGGCAGACAGUAGAUAGGACGUCACCAGCAACUCGAUCAACGGAGUGCAGCGGAAAGUGGACUUGGGUUUGUCUGAAAAUCUGAGGUGUGUAUCCUCCAGUCUUCCCGGAGGCGCCCCAUGGUUGAGUCUGGUUUUCAUGCUCGGCUUUGCCGAGAAUGCAGGUUGGGAAAUUUGAGGAUUUACGCAAGCAAAAUGUGCGAAAUUUAUCGAAAUAUGAGUUGUAAAAUAAGAGGGUUUGUUGCCUACUGGACUUGUUGGUGCUGUUUAGUUUUUUUUUCAGAAAGCACUGUUUGACUUGCCUUUUUGCAGAGUUCGGUGCAGUGCUCAGAGCCUCGCAUGUCAAUCAAACAUUGGCAUGCAUUUAUUCUCUUGUCGUGCAUUGCUGAAAGUGGAACUCAGUGGAACUGCUAUGUUUUUUACAGAAUCUGCACAAAACAGUCGCUCGCAGCUCGCUUUGGCUUUUAGCUGACUGAGCGAUUUUUGCUUCCGUGCAGUUUGUAUACAUCUUGACACAAAGAUGCCCAAACUCGCAUGGCUGCUCAUUUCAACCGUCUCCUCGGGUCACAUGACACCUGAGGAUUCGGGCCAGUGUGGGAAUGAGGCGGAGUCCCUCUUGCAGACCGCAAAGAAGAAUCCCUUCUUGUCGCUUGCAGAGCUCAACACCCAGGCAGAUCAGGACAAGAAGCAGGAUGGAGAGCUUCUUGCAGCGGCAGAGUUGUGGACUGCUGAAGCUGUUGAUGAACAACAUGAUGUUUCAGCAGAACCAGAACAAGGAGAUGUGGCAUCAAAUGAGUUCUGCGCCGAGAACAACAUGACAACCAAACACGAGAAACACGAGGAGAAUGACGUCACAGUGGACGCAAAGGACACUGAUACUGCUGCUUCACAAGAAGGAGCAAUGACUUCUGACACGAACGUGAAGGAUAUGGUUAAAUCCAAAUCAGAAAGGAAACACAAGAAGGACCGCAAGGUGAAGAAGGACAAAAAGAUCAAGAAGAACAAAACAGACACGGUCGCACUACUGAAGAGUUCGGCAGAUGUUAGAGAUGUUAUAAUCUUCCAAAAACUUGGGAGAUUAAGAAAGAUGUUAGAGACUCUGAUUAUCUUCCAACAGCAAGGAAGUUGACAGAUGUUAGGGACUCUGAUCGUCCGAAAACCACCAGGUAAAAAA